AUGUAUAAAAAGAUUGGUGGGGGGUUUGAUUGCCGGUAUUGCCGCCUAAAUAGUAAAGGAGGAGGUGCAACCCGCUUUUGGGAGCACCUUGCUGGUAUACCAGGUGAUGUCAGGGAGUGCCCAAAUGUUCCAAGGAAUGUCCGUGCUGCAAUGAGGGUGUCCCGAGAUGUGACAAUGCUGAAGAAGAGGGAGAAGGCAAGUCACAUGCUUCGUAUUAAACGAGGCAUCAUUGAAGGGAUGUACCCUGGGGUGAUAAAUCUUGAAUAUGAUGAUGAUCAGAAUCAGAUUCAGAUGUCACUUUGGGAGCAACUAAGGGACAAGAAUGUCUCACGUGCAAUUGAGAGGAGGCGUGGAAGUGGCAGUGGUGUUCGGGUGUCCCUUGGAAAACAAAGUAUCACACCAUAUUUUGACAAGGAAUUAUCAAGCAACAAAGUACCAAUGCAAUCGAAGAUCGGCACUGCUUUGAAUAUUGAGUCAAAAGAUGUUCUUGGGCAAGCUUGGGCAAAGUUUUUCCAAGCAAAUGACAUCGCUGGUCGGAAAGCUAAUUGCCCAUAUUUUCGUGCUGCAAUGAAGAUCACUCAGAAUCUUGGCCCAGCUCCUAUUCCUACUGGAAAAGAGAUUGAUGGCAUAUACCUGGACAAGAAUUAUGAAGAAGCGGGGGAGUGGCUCAAGAUGUUCAAACAAGAUUGGAAGACCUAUGGUGUAACAGGGAUGUGUGACUCGUGGACUGGACCUACUGGUAUGAGUCUUAUCAAUUUCAUGGUGUAUUGCAAUACACGGUUGUUCUUCCAUAAAUCCAUUGAUGACUCUGGUCUUACUCAGAAUUCUGAAUUUCUUUAUAAAGAGAUCAAAAGGGUUGUUGUUGAAGAGAUAGGUCAUGAAAAUGUGGUUCAAAUUGUAACUGACAAUGGGUCAAAUUACAAGAAAGCUUGUAGAACUCUUGUAGAAGAACCAGAGUACAGUCAUAUUGUAUGGCAGCCAUGUGCCGCCCAUACAGUUAACCUUAUGAUGAUGGACAUAGCCAAAUUUUGUGAAGUUGAUGUGAUAGUUAAAAGUGUCAAGCAAAUCUAUAGACAGAAGAUGGAUGCUCAUCUUGGUGGUGGGUCACGGAUGUUCCAAAGAGUCAUGAGCAAGUUGUCCACGAGGAUGGAGGCGAUGCAAAAAGACACAUUAAUGGUUGCAGCUGCUAUCCUUCAUCCUUACACACAUUAUCAGAUCAACUUGAGCAAGAUUACAGAUUAUGCUUCUGCACUAACUGAUGCCAUCGAGAAGAUUGCAGACCCAGAUACUGAGUGGUGGUUCCAAUUUGGAGGGGAAGUUCCUAAUCUGCAGAAGUGCGCAUUAAGAAUUGUUUCGCAAUGUGUGUCCUCAAGUGGCUGUGAGAGGAAUUUGAGUGCUUUUGCCAUGGUCCACACAAAGCAAAGAAACCGUCUUCUAUGUGGCAAGCUCCACAAAUGUGUUUCUGUAUGCCACAACUUGAAGAUACGUGCUGAAGAAGACCAAGAUGAUGCAAAACAAAGUUAUAGAGAGAAGGAAGUUGAUCCUUGUGCACUGAUGAUGGAUACAACCAUGUAUGAUGCAUCAAAUCCAAUGAUGGAGUGGUUGAUGGAGGAUGAAGAACAUGAAAUCCUAGAUGGUACGGAUGCCGCUAGUGCUGUGUUUGAGGAAUUACGUUCCCUCAACUCAAGAAGGAAAGAGUCUCGUCUUGGAACUAAGGAUAAUGGCAAGAAAAGAAAGAGGAUAGUGGAGGAAGAAGAUGAGGAUGACUACAUCGAUUGCGAUGAUGAUGAAGAUGAACAGAAUGAGCACAUUGACAUUGAUGAUGAAGAUGACGACCCAGAUGAUAGUGAAAGUGAAGCUGAUGAAGGAGUGCCAAGUCAAGUUGAAGAAGAUGGACCUGACCAAGUUGAAAAUGAGAUUGAGGGAACAAGUGAUGGAAAUUCAGCGAACCGGAGAUCUGCACGGCUUAAGAAAGCCAGGAAGGUCAAGGACGCCAGCAGCCUCUAUAAUUAA